AUGUUCCCAUUUUUCCCAAGUUACAACACACAGAAGGUCCAGCAGGUUAACAAGACCAACAAGUACCUGUUCAACAACCUCGUUACGCAGCGGGUUACAGGGGCGUACAAACGGUACUUGCACGGUGGUCGGAGACCACCGGUUCGGGAGACCGCUUCUGCAGCACGGCCACGCGGUGGUAACGGUGCAAGCGGCCCCCCUCAUGUGAACGGGGCUGCGUCCCCGACAGCGCAGAUGCACACGGCGGGGAAGAAGCUGGGUGCUGAGAAGAAGAGCGGCGGGGAGAAGUCGCAGGGCCAUAGGGCAGCAGAGGCCGGGAGUGGUACCGUGAGGGAGAACUUGAAGGAGAUUGACCUCAAGUUAGGGAGGGCCGCUGCUGAGGGGAUAGAGAAGACCGAGGAUGCUACGCGCUCCACGGCCGAGACAAUCAAGAAAACGAUUUUAAAGGGCACAGAGGAGACUGGGGAUGCUGUGAGGGAGGGUGCCCAGAAGACGAAGAAGUCCGUCAAGGAGAAUGCGAAAAAGGUGGAGGAUACGGCAAAGAAGCACACACGUUGA